AACCGGAAAUCAAGAGAGGAUUUGUUUUGGUAAAUGUGACACUGAGCUGUCCUUCUAAAUAAAGACGUAAUUUGAGUAUUUGUUCAUCGCUGAAUUUAAACACUCACGGCGAAGUUAUGAAGCCAGCCGUUGAUGAAAUGUUUCCUGAGGGAGCUGGUCCGUAUGUCGACCUCGAUGAGGCAGGGGGCAGCACUGGACUGCUGAUGGACCUGGCAGCCAACGAGAAGGCAGUGCAUUCAGACUUUUUCAAUGAUUUUGAGGAUCUAUUUGAUGAUGAUGAUCUUCAGUGAUGAAGAGGACAACUAGGCUGGAUUUCUUGAUUGUAUAAAAAUGUUAAUUGGUGUACAUGGAUUUUGUUUUAUCUUGUGAUGCUUUAUUGUAAACGUGUUUUUUUGUCAUUAAACUUUUGUGAAAUAAUAA